AUGGACGUUCUUAAAGCUGGUGCAGAAAAAGUUAAAGAAACCGUUAGUGGUAAAAAAACUGAAGAACAUUUAGAAAAAGCGACUGAUCCAAAUCGUCCAGCCAGCGAUCGUGUUGAUCAUGCGUUACAAGCUGGUAAAUCGAAAUUACAAGAAGACGAACAUGCUGCUAAAGCAGAUAGUCAUGCUGCUGAUCACAAAUAUAGCCAUUAA